AAAUGGAUAAUAUGUUGCAAUGUGUCAUUGGUGUAGAUGUCGGAGGUACCAAUACCGAUGCUGUCAUUUUACAAAUUGAUUAUAAACAACCAAGAGUCUUGUCGUCUGCUAAAUCAAUUACAACCAAAGAUGUCACUACCGGUAUAUCACAUGCUAUCCUUCUCGCGAUCAGUCAGAGAAACAAACAACAGGAACUGGCAAUACAACGCGUCAAUAUUGGAACAACACAUUUCGUAAACGCAGUUGUCCAGCGAAAAGAACUAACAAAAGUCACAGUUAUUAGAUUAUGCGGAACAGCAUCACGACAAGUGCCGCCAUUUUCUGAUUUUCCUCCUGAUUUAGCUUCAUACUUAAAUGGUGGGACGCACUUCGUCAGUGGAGGUUACCAGGUUGAUGGACGUGAAAUUUCACCUAUUGAUAGACUUGAAAUAUUGAAGAUAGUUUCAGAGUCAUACCAAGAUGGCGUUACAAAUUUUGUGAUUUGUGGGAUAUUCUCUCCGUUACGAAAAGAACAGGAAGAAGAAGUGAAGACUAUAAUCCUAUCUAAAUUUCCAGACGCAAGCAUUACCUUAUCGCAUGAAAUAGGUCAAACAAGUCUGAUAGAAAGGGAAAAUGCCGCUAUUCUAAAUGAGAGCUUGAAACCAUUGUGCAAAAAAACAAUCAAGGGGUUUAAAGACGCUUUGUUAAGUUUAAAACUUACAUGUCCAUUGUACCUAACUCAGAAUGAUGGCACUGUAGUCGGAGAAGAAUACGCUUUAACACAUCCAGUUUGUACAUUUGCAUCUGGACCGACAAACAGCAUGAGAGGAGCCGCAUUCCUGUCAGGAAUCAAAGAUGGUGUUGUUGUUGAUAUAGGUGGAACAACAACAGAUGUAGGAAUUCUCAGGAAAGGAUUUCCAAGAGAAGCAUCCACAGAAAUAAAGAUCGGCGGUGUAAGAACAAACUUCCGAAUGCCUGAUGUGCACAGUAUAGGUCUUGGAGGUGGUUCUUAUGUAGGACAACAUAAGGAAGAUGACAGAUGUGUAGUUACAGUUGGACCAAGGAGUGCUGGAUAUAACAUAAUGAACGAGGCAUUUAUAUUUCAAGACGAUACAUCAUCGUGCAAAAUGGAUUGUUUGACCGCCACAGAUUUAGCGGUUGCUGCUGGACAUUCCACCUUGGGUAACUCGGCUAAUGUUUCUCAUUUGUCAAGUGACCUGGUGGAGAAAGGGAUUCAGAAAAUAAAAUCUAUGGUAGAAAUUGCUAUUGACAGCGUUAAACUGUCAGCAGAACCGCUUCCGAUUAUAUUAGUCGGUGGUGGCGGAAUAAUUUUAGAUAUAAAGAAAGGAUUAUUAGGAGCAUCAGAACUCCUUUUCCCCAGUCAUUUCGAAGUUGCAAAUGCCGUUGGUGCAGCCUUGAGUCAGAUGUCUGGAUCAGUAGAAUAUGUUGUUCAUUUAGGUGAGGAAAUCAGCGAAGAAAAUAUUAAUGCCAAAACUACAACUGAAAUGGAUCUUAAUCCUAGAGAAAAUUAUGACGAUGUCAAGAAAAGAAUUAGAAAAGCCAUCAUGGAGGAGGCGAUACGGAAAGCAAAAGAAGACGGGAUUAAAUGUGCAACAGACGUAGCAGUGAAAGGUGGUGCCGACAAAAAAAGUAUAAUCAUAUUAGAAAAAUCAGACAAUCCGAUAACUUAUUUACCUGGAGAUGCUACCAGAAUCAACUGUAAGGUAGUAGGUGACAUGAAGUCGGUUAAUCAGGCUUCUACUGUAAUCAUUGACAAAGAUUUUAUCCUUCCAUCAGAACAGACGUUUGAAAAUUCUAGUACAUUCGAGAAAGAACAGACUAAACAUAUAAUAAAUACCGAAAAGCAGGAUGGAAUUAUAGAGCAAAGUGUUCCUUUCAUUAAUGAAAAUAACGAAUGGAUUCUUUCAGUAUACGAUAUUGAAUGUAUAGGAAUAGGAGCGGGAAUAUUGGGUUGCGGCGGUGGCGGAUCGCCAAACCUUGGUAAAGUCUUAGCAAAACGUGCAGUAAUCGAUGGCAAGGAAAUAAAAAUUGUGAAUCCAGAUAAUUUCUUUAGGAACAGAAGUGAAAAUAACGAUUUGAUUGCUCUGCCUGCCUUCAUGGGUGCUCCGUAUGUUGUUUCUGAGAAAUUAGUGAGUGGUGAAAUAUUAACUGCUCUCCAAUGUAUGAAGGAUCUAUAUGAAGUAGGACAAUACCAGGAUGGCGAUCUUCAUACCAAAGACGGCGUUGAUAUUGAAACAGGCAAUGGUUGUACAUACAUUAAGGACUACGCGAAGAACUCAAAAGGAAACAGUGGGUCGAUCACUAACUUAGAAGGUAAAAAGAACAUAGUUGGCCUAAUGGGUGCUGAAAUAGGAGGACUGAAUGCCAUUGAACCUUUAUUGGUUGGAGCAGAGUUGGGAUUGCCUGUUCUUGAUUGCGAUGGGAUGGGCAGGGCUUUCCCUGAACUACAGAUGUUUUGUCCUUUUAUUUAUGGUGCCAAACCGUAUCCUGCCACACUAUCAGACGAUAAAGGUAGAAGAGCUGUAGCAUUACAUAUGGAUACUGCUAAAGACCUAGAAACUUUUUUCAGACAGGAGACGAUCGAAAUGGGUUGCAUGGCGGGAAUAAUUUUUUCAACACUCACAAAAAGUGAAGUUUUAAAUAAAACAAUUUUGUUAUCAUACAGCAGGGCAUGGAAUCUUGGAAACAUAAUAGUUACGUCACGGAAGGAGAAAAAAGAUCCAAUAGAAGCAAUAAUAAACCAUGAGGACGGUAAAAAGUUGAUAUCGGGAAAAAUAACAGACGUUAGACGCGAGACAACAGGAGGUUUCAGCAAAGGUUUUGUGGAUGUAACUGGAACUGAAAGUUUUUCUGGACAAUUUCUCUUCAUUGAAUUUCAAAAUGAGAAUCUAAUUGCACGUAAAAGUUCCGAAGAAAAGAAUAACACACCAGAUGUCGUUGCAUGUACUCCUGAUUUGAUUACAAUUGUAGACAACGAUACUGCCGAACCAAUUACUACCGAAAUGGUUCGUUAUGGGCUUAGAUGCUCUGUUUUGGUGCUGCCAGUAGCAGAUAUCAUGAAGACACCAAGAGCUUUGGAAGUAGUUGGACCACAUGCUUUUGGAUAUCCUGUUAACUUUACUCCUGUCGCAGAUUAUAAACCACCUAAGCCGGUUACUUCUUAAGACUUAAUCUGAUGACAUUAUAAUGUUGCAUCUUUCUAGUACUACUCAUGGAAUGGAAAGCACUAACCGGAAAUAAGAAACCCAUAUCACCUCAGAGGUGUGUGCAUGUAAGGGUUUUCCAUAAUCGUUAAAAAAUAUAUCUGGUGUAUCAUUCGGAAAAAAUAUCAUUUAUUAUCA